AUGUGUGGGUGUGCCGUUUGGCCAAGCUUUUUACUGCACCGCUGUUACAUUAAUCGGCUUAUUUACGUGCUCGGUAUUUUUUCCAUAGACAAUAUAAGCGAACCACGCAGUAUCAGGUAACCAAAUAAGUUCGUGCGGUUUUUAGUAGAAAAAUAUAAAUUUUUAUUGAGAAACAAUAAGACACUAUUUAUUCGUCGAACUAAUUACCACCACAUUCGAUAACCUUUUGCCAAGGUGGAACCAAUUUUUUUAUGCCGGUAUUGUAGAACUCCCUGGAUUUGGAGUCAAAAAAUUGGCGAACUGCAUUUAUUACACCAUCUCGAUUUGUGAUCUGAUGGUGCCUCAUACAGUUGUCAAGAGACACAAAAGGUGAUAAUCACUGGGCGAAAUGUCGAGAGAAUAUGGGCGUGGUAACGUUUUCCAGCCGAGUUCAGAAAUUUUUUCUCUGAUCACUUUUGCGGUAUGAGGCAAUGGGGUUAUCCUGCAAGAAUAUCACUUUCUUCCGAUUGAUCAAAGAAGGUUGCUUAUACUUGUUGAAGCUGCUCGCAAUACAAGUCAGGAGUGAUGGUUUGACUCCUUUCCAAAAACUCAUAAUGGACAAUUCUAGUUGCUGUCCACCAAGCACACAACAAAACCUUGCUUGGGUGCAAGGAAGCCUUGUGCGUGUCUGGUACCCAAUCAGUAGGCGACAACCAAUGAUACGAACGCUUAGAAUUCGAAUACAAGAUCCAUUUUUUAUCGCAGGUUAAUAACCGAUUAAGAAAUGGUUCAUUAGCGUUGCGUGAAAUGUUCGCUGAACAAAUGGUAAGACGACUUAAUUUCUGAUGAAGAUGCAAACGAAUAGUUUCAGGACUUACUCUGAACAUUUCUGCAAGUUCUUAGCACGUUGUCCUGGAAUUUGCGUCCACAACCUGUCGGAGAUCCUCGGUGUUCAUGAUUUAUGGUCUCCCUGAGCGCG